CCCAUUAAUGAAGCAGCGAUGAUGCUGUUUCCCUUUGACUUGCCUUCAAUUCCCUCUCUGAGCUUCCUCCCAAGCCGGGAACAAUGAGGCCCUGGGAGCUGGCGGCUCCCACAGGCCUCGCGGAGACUGGGCCGGGGGCAGCCGAGUGAGGGGAGCCGCGCCGGCUGUGAAAUAUGGAGGGGGGAGAUAAGGCAAAGACAGAGGAAAGAGGCUCACUCCCAGGAGCCCAGGGAAAAUUUGCAGUUAUUAUGAAGGAGAUGAGACAGAUUAAAAGCCCUUGUGUUCUGCGCUGCCCUUUUAUUUAGUGGCUUCAUCUCCAAGAUGAAAGAAGUUGGAAAUGACUUUCUCCGCAUUUUGCUGCAAGAAGCUUCACGGCACAUUUUUUGACUUUAUUCCUCCCUUUGUCUCUUGUCCCCUUUCUGUCUCUCUCUUUUUCCUUUUAACCCCUGGAAGGUUUUGCUGAGAAGCACCAUGGGACCAUGCAGAAUGUUUGCUGGGGUACAGCAACGACCCCUUUACUCAUCCUGUCCUACCAGGCCAUCCCUGCUGUGAGCAUCCUGCAGACCUUCCCUCACUGCUCACCUCAGGAACGUCCCUCGCCAGCAGCAUCUUCUCUCUUAUAUCAAGUCCCAGCAACAGUUUAGUGCUGGUGACUACAGAUUCUGGGCAGGAGAAAGAUGCCUGCAUGUGCAAAGCCCAGGAAAGGCUAAUAAUCCACUCAGGAUUCAAGUCCUGAACAUUUUGCAUCCCUACAGCUUUUUACAAGCAAAAUUAGUGCUGAGAAAAAUAGGCCAGUCCCUGUUGUUUGUGCAGGAAAACUGCAAACUACAGAGGGAUUGAAUAAUUCACCGGGGAUGUGGGGUGAAGUUGGACUCAGGCAAGGAUUCAAAAUUUAUAGUCACUGUUCCACUUCAGAGUGGACUUUGUGAGACAGAACAGAAAUAUCAUAAACAGCUCAAAACCAGAUUACCACUUCUUCCCCAAUAUAUUUCACCAACUCCUACUGACAAUUUUCCAUUUUUUCCCUAUACACACCAGUGCCCUGUUUUGGCACCAUUUUAGUUCCUGUGACCCUUGCAAAAGGCAAAAGCAAUUCUGUUACCACCAAAACUUUCCCAGAAAAACAUCCCCUGUCUCUCCCAGGUCAGGAAAAAGGCUGCUGACAUCUCUUGGAAGUUAGUUUGAAAUGGUGAAAUUUGCAAAAAUAUUGACAGGUGCUUUAAAAAUCAUACGAUUUGUAAAACUCUUGUUGACCAACAGAACAGCACCGAACUAUUCAGGAAAAUGAAUGGAGAAAAAGAGAAAUUAAAGUGGGCAUCUGCUGCUGUCUCCUUAGGACGUGUGAGCACAGGAAUUCUUUUACACAACUGUUUGAGUAAUUUGUUAUCCUGCUCAGUACUACAGCCAGCACAGAGCUGAAAUGAAGAGGUAAGAAGCUCUGAAGUGGAUGUUUACAGAAUAACCUUCCCACCAGGGGAGUUUGUAACCCAGACAUUUUGUAGAUGCUUUAUGUCCUGAAGCAUGGAAAAGGAUUGCAGUGGUAAAACAGGAUUAGAUUUUAGGAUCUGAGAGUAAAAAGAAAACCUCUGUACUGAAAAUAGGAAACUAAAUGCUGCAGUCAAUAGAGUGAGGUACUGCAAUUGAAGGGGUUAAGAAGACAAAAGGACAGACAAGUACAGAUGAAUUGGUGCAGAGAAAGUAACUAAACUGAAGACAGACAUUAGGAAUGAGAUAAACAUGAUUUAUCAAAUGGCCAUUUUUGUUCUUUUAAUAUUUCUUUUCCACAUAAAUUUCUCAGACAACAAAAAGGUAAUGAAAAUGUUAAAAUUACAGCUCAGAAUAAAGGUUGAGUUGGAGAAACAGCAAGGAGAGAUCUCAGUGAAGCUGAAUGAUGAUCAUUUCAGAAGGUGUAGGAAUCAGCCACAAACGUAAGGAUUUUCUUACCGUUAUUUUUUGACAAACUGGGGGGGUGCCAGAGAAAUGGGGAAAAGCAAGCAUGGUGUCAGGGGGAAGCAGGGAGGAAGUCAUGAUCUUGGCAAUUAUCACCCUUUCAGUAAAACUUCUGUUUGUGGCCUCAUAAAGGAAUAAGUAGAAGCAGGAAAAAAAUGUAAAAAUGCAAAGGAUAAUAGAUCUUUGAGCAACGAGCAGCAGCAUAGAUUUAUAGAGAACAAAUCAUGUCAGACAAACCUGAUUACUUUCUCUGAUUUAAUUUACAAAAUUAGCAAAUGAAGAGAAUGCCAUGUACAUAAUAUAUCUGGGCUUCAACAAAUCCUUUCAUAUACUGCCUUGUAAAAUAUGACUUGAAAAAUGAACUAAUAUUGCCUUGAAUAUGAAUGCUGCCACAUGGAUUAAAUAAACGGAAAGACGAGAAACAAAAGGGAAUGCUGCAGAAAAUGGAACUGGGGCCACACUUGGCUUGACUCUGAUGGCUGCUGAUGAUCCAUAAAUUGGGGAGAUAACAGGCACAUGCUGUGACGGAAGGAGGUGCAGAUUUAAGGACAAGGAAAUUGCACAGAGAGAUUUAUCUUAGAAAAUAACAAAACUGAGUUCCAUCCAGAUGUACAAGUUCAGUGUAUUUCCAGAUAUACAAAUCCAGAUACACAAAUUCAGUAUAAAAUGCAGUUUUGGUACCAAGUAUACUGAUCGCCAGCAUCUUACAAUUAAAAAGAAAAAAAAUCAAGCAGCAAAAAGGAGAAGCACAUGGCAAGAGCUGGGAACAUUCAGCUUCUAUUAGCAGCUAAUGGUCUGUGGAGACAUGGGCUGGGACUCCAGCAAUGGGACCAACCAACACACAAAUCUUCAAAAAAUCAAUAAGAAACACCAGCUUUCAGCAGGGCAUGUGUUACUUUCAUUCACAAGCAGGCCAGGGGUCAGAUAAGCCAGGGACUGGUAUUUCCAUAAAUAAGAACUUCAUAAACCAAUGGCAAGUGAUAACAUACACCCACUAAAUCAAGGGAUGCCUGUGCGCCCAGCAUCGGGAGAGGCCUUGUGCACCGGGCCUGAUUUCUGCUGACUCUAGAGCUGUGAAGUGAUCUGUAGGGUGAAAUACUCAAACACAGGUGGGAUAUUCAUCUGGGUAAAGUAUGGUUGUGGUUUUGGUGAUAUUAAACCUCAGCAGCGAGUCCUGCAGGGACAGGGCCUCGUGGACAGCUCUCCUGCCUGAUGUGGCACUGCACUGAGACACCUCAUGGUCAUCCCCAGCCAAGAAGGGUCUGAUCCAAGGAAUGGAACACUUCUCAUACAAGGACAAGCUGAGAGAGCUGGAGCUGUUCAGCACGGGGAAGAGAAGGCUGCAGGGAGACCUGGAAGUGGCCUGCCAGUAUCUAAAGGCAUUGCCAAUGGAUGAACUUGUGCAUGACUUGGCCUCAGCCUUAGAACAGACUUCAGAGCAAAACAAGCUGGACGAACUAUGGGAAGAGAUGGCCCUAAGCCCACGGCAGCAGCGACGCCAGCUUCGCAAGAGGCGGGGUCGCAAACGACGCUCAGACUUCACGCAUCAGGCAGAGCACGCCUGCUGCUACAGUGAGGCCUCUGAGUCCAGCUUGGAUGAAGCUGUGAAGGAUUGCCGUGAGGUGCUGACAGCCAAUUUCAGUGACUCUGAUGACAUGGCAGCGGUCAAACGACAUCCAGCUCUCAGUGCCACCCUGAGGAGCAAGCAACACUCAUGGCAUGAGUCAGACUCCUUUACAGAGAAUGCACCCUGCCGGCCUCUUAGGCGCCGCCGCAAAGUCAAACGCGUGACAUCAGAAGUGGCUGCCAGUCUCCAGCAAAAGCUCAGGGUGUCAGAGUGGAACUAUGAGAGGGGCUGCAGGUUCAAGUCAGCCAAGAAACAGCGUCUUUCACGCUGGAAGGAAAAUGCCCCGUGGACAUCAUCUAGUCGUGGCCUUUGUGAAUCGGGAGAGAACAGGCCCUUCCUCAGCAAGGGGGGAAGGAAGGAGCGGAUGGAGUGUGAAGCUGAUGAACAGAAGCAAGGCUCAGAUGAAAAUAUGUCUGAAUGUGAAACCAGCAGUGUAUGCAGCAGCAGUGAUACCGGACUAUUUACCAAUGAUGAGGGCCGCCAAGGAGAUGAUGAGCAGAGUGAUUGGUUUUAUGAGGGAGAGUGUGUCCCAGGAUUUACUGUCCCCAACCUUCUUCCCAAGUGGGGAGCUGACCACCGUUCUGAAGUGGAACGGAUUGACUCAGGCCUGGACAAGCUCUCAGAUUCCACAUUUCUCUUGCCCUCACGACCAGCUCAAAGAGGAUUUCACGCUCGCCUGAACCGCCUUCCAGGAGCUGCUGCCCGCUGUCUGCGGAAAGGUCGAAGGAGGCUUGUUGGCAAGGAGACCUCCAUCAGCACUGUGGGCACUGAGAGGCUAGGUCGUGUUAGUGAUCCACGCCAGAAAGAUUUUUGGUUACCAUCAAUGGGAAAGAGAGAUCGCAACCAGUUCAAUCCAUUAUCUCCUCUGUACUCUCUGGAUGUGCUUGCUGAUGCUUCCCACCGAAGAUGCUCACCAGCACACUGCACUGCCAGGCAAGCAAAUGUACACCUGGGACCACCGUGCUCAAGGGACAUCAAGAGGAAACGAAAGCCAGCUGCAGCCUCCGUGUCCAGCCCAACGUCAGCAACUUUAUCUGUGCACAUGGAUGCUGCAGAGUCAGACCUACCAGCAACACCACCAUCCCCGAGGUCCCAGAACCCUGAGUGGACAGGGAAAAUACCAGCAGCUGAGAAAGCCACAAUUGCUGCCUCCGCUAACUUUUUUAAAAUGCCGCCAGAGAAGAGCCCUGGAUACAGCCAAAAGGAAGCAUUGCAGCUGUAAAAGCGUGCUGGAUUUUGGACGUGUCUGACUCUCCACCAAACACCUUGUUUGGCAAUAGAGAUAUCCUCAGCAUUGGUGCGUGAUGUGCGCCAUUAUCCAGGCAGAAUCUGUGUUUAAAAACAGGUAACGAGCGUUGGGACUGCAGUGACUGUUUAAAAUGUUCCUGCUAUUGCUGUAUUUAUUGUGCGUUCAUCUCCUUACCUGAUGCCAACUCAUUCAUAUGGAUUGUGUACAGAAUCUUCUGGGUUUCAGAUCUUGGAUCUUUGUGCACUCUGUGCUUGUUUGCUGCAUUUGGCAUUUUCUGGGUGAAAGUUCCCACUGCUACUGAAGGAGGCAGAAGUCAUCCCCUGAUUUCUUCUAGGCCAGGAGGAUUUCUUGGCUGGGUAAUGAGAGUGAUAACAAGUUGAAAUACAUAAGCAGAAUUCUGUGUUUGCGGAAUGUUUCAGGCUGUGUGUAUGAACUUGAACCCUGUUCCUUCUAAUGAAACGAGUACAGUGCAUGUCAAUUCAGAAAUUGCCAUUGGCCCACUGGCAGCGUGGUCCCUUUGACCUUUUCCUUCUGUCUUUUUCCGAAUGUCUUCUGUCUUGCUUGUGUAUUGCAUGUUCUUUCCUAAAUUUCCUGGACAAGGAUUUGGGAGAACCAGUUGGACAUAAAUGUGCAAACUGAUGUCAUGGAAAGGAACUUGGACCUCCAACACAUUUGAAGUAUGUUAGAGGAUAAACCAAACUUCUGUUUCUUGGUGUUUAACUUCAGAAGUGAUUGUCAGCAUUUCCCAGCACAUUUUCAACUGAAGUUAACAGAUAGCUGAAUGAAAAAACAAAGAAUCACUUCUAUUCAGAGCACUUUUGGCCUUGUUCAGACCACAGCUGUCUCAUGUUCUCGCUCCCUUCAGAAAGUAUUGUCUGCUCUAUCUGUUGGAAGUGUCUCCACCUGCUGAUGAUUGUACUUUACUCUGCAGCAUACACAGAAGAGAUUCUGUUCUCUACAUAAUGCUUGCACUUCAUACUCAGUUACCUUCUAUGUUGCAGUAUAUAUGGGUAGUGAUUUCUCCCUACUUUUUUUGUAUUCUGUAUCAUAUUACACUCCAAUUAUUCCAUUUGCAGCAUAUUUUGGAGUUCAUUUUUAAAAUAUAUACCUGUAUAGGAUGUAUCAAGGGACCGGUGACCUCACAGGUUCUCAAGGCUUUUAACAAUAGGAUAUAUUUGUAUGCAUACCGUUGUUUUUACUUUCCUCACUGGGUGGAGCUUUCAGACAGGACUGUUAAAGCCUCUAAAAUUCAUUUUGAAUGUGGAAGUUCACCUGGAACUGUUUUUACUGUUUUUGCAGUGGUUUUAAUUGUUUUGCCGUGUUUACCUCUGUUUUAUAAAUGAGUAGCUGAGGGACAGAUUUGAUAGCAAGGCUAUAUGGUGGUAUUUUAUAUUUAAUUAUGUAUUAAAAUGUUAAAUGGUCAUAACGUAUACAAAACAAUAAUGGAACGGCUCAGUCUAAAUACAGAUUGACAAAUACAGUUCUAUUACAGACAUCCUGCCUAUCUCUGAUCCCCUAAUACCUGCUUAUUCCUGGGGAGAGAUCCAAAUUGGAUUUAUGUUUCGCAGCCCAAGCAAACUGUCAGAUCUGUCCAUGCAAAUCCCUCUCAAAACGUUUUUUUUUGUUGUUGUUGUUAGCGGUACAUUUUAGUACUAUAUAAAUCAAGAAAAGCCCUUUUAUCUUGCUAAAGGAGUACAGGGGUCAGUUCAGAUUAUGAGACAGGCUGUGGGGGUUUUGUGGAGAGAGGAGUAUUCUGUUUUAAAGUUACUGGAUUGUCUUAUUUUGUACUUCAAGCGCUUGGUUCAGUGGUGCUUGGGGGUUAGUGGGAGAGGUCUAUAGUCUGGAACUGAAAAGUAGUGUCUUGUCCGCCUAGGACUUGUGAGCAUGUUCAAGGCAAGGGUGAUCACCUUCUUAUGACAGUGUGCAGAUAAAUUUUAGUUUUGGAAACCUUGUAACCUAACCUGCAGCCAGUUUCAGUGACAAGUAGUCUCCCUAAAAAGAGCAUUUGUGCAAUUCAGAUGCUUUUAUCUCAAGAAGGAUUUUCUAAAAUUUCACUUGAUUUGAGUCUGUUCAACAGAUGCACUUCUGUUUCAAUUUAGUUGAAAUUUUAAUUGGUGGCCUUUUGUGCUCCCCCUUUUUAAAACAAUUCUGAUAUUGUAUGAUAUAUUCUGAGGAUUGUUUGGAGUAGUUCUGCUUUUUCUGUAAUCUAAGGACAAUUUUAAAACUUUUAUGAAAGUUGUGAGGUUUUAGGGAAUUAAUGGCCUUUCUCUCACUCUUGGGAGAGACACCAGACUUGACAUGAUUUUUCUCUGGGGGCGCUGCAAGAUAAAUUAUCAGAUUUUCCUAUUGAGGUCAGUAGUGCUGUUCAUCUUGUUAAGCCCUUGCUUAGACUGUAAGCUCCCUAGGAGGUCUUACUUGCCUUUAAAGUUUGAAUGUACCUGUGGCACUACUGAAGAGCAACCGUAGCAGGCCUUGUCUUGAUAAAUAGUGUUUCCUGCCACUGCAACUUCCUGAAAGUGAGGGGAGACUCAAAUUCCUGCAGCUGCCCUCUCUUCAGUAUUUCUAUGUUAGACUCCAUUUGUAGGUCAAUCAGGCUCUUGAUCAAAUUUGAUUCUCCUGACUGGCAGACAACCUAAAUGAAUCACAUGUCAUGUUCCAUCUUAUUACUCCAGGGUUUAUCUAAAUUCAUCGUCAUACUUCAGUAGCUUGAUUCAGAUUUCAAUAUUUGCAGCAUUCUUUGAUGAAUGAAGUAGUUGUGUUGUUUUGCAAUACUCACUUGUAUUCCAUUUCUUGUCCACCAGGACUCCCCACUUAUUUCCAGAUCUGUCUUCCUCUCUAGUUGAUGUUCAGCCAGUGUCUUAUAUAGGGCUAGUCUGUCCCAGAUGCAAGAAUCUCUACCUGCCUUUGGGUGAGAUUCAGGAGGUUUUUGUCUGCUUACUCGUUCAGUCUGUCAAGGUCCCUCUGGGUGGUACCUCUUGCAUGUCAGCAACUCUCUCCAGUAUGUCUGUUUUUCUGUUAUUGUUGAGAGUUUGUUCUGUCUCUUUCUCCGCAUCACUCAUGAAAACACAGAAUAGCAUCAAUCCCAGUAUUGUCUUCUGAGGCACACUUUUCAUACCUUGCUACCAGGUAGAUUUCAAACCAUUGGUCAUUCCUUGAGCUUGACAGGUCAACCAGUUUCUCACCAACCUCACUGGGCUGCACGCAGAGCUCCCCAGUACAGCUUAUAAUGAUGCUGUGAGAAACUGCAUCAAGAGGUUUGCUGAAAUCAAAGUAAGCAGCAUUCACUGCCCUCCACUGGCAUUUCAUUCUAGAAGGCAGUCAAAUCCGUACCUCAUAAAUCUGACUGCCUCUCCUAGCCACCUUCUUGUCCUUUGAAGCUUGGAAAUGGCUUGCAGAACUUGCUCAAUAAACCUAGGAGGGGCAGAGGUAAGGCUGACUCGCCUAUCAAUCCCAUUUCCUCCUCGUUGCAUUUCUAUAAAGCAGCAUAAUGUAUUCUCCUUCCUGCGUCUGUUAUUGGGAACGUCAUGCAAUUGCUACAGGUUUGCAAAGUGAUAAAGACCAGCUCAUAAUGACAUUCUUACGCAAAGAGGGCUUUAUUUAUGUACAAGAACGUUUAUAUGUAGUGGAAGAGAAAGCCAGAGCUGGGAGGAGAACAUUCAGUAGUUAUUCUUUGCACAUUUCUUGUAGCCCAGUGAGCUCUUGUGAGGCUUACAUUCCAGUUUGGUAGAUAUGGGGUGGGGGAGGGUGCAAAUUAAAGAAUGAAUUUAUGAUUUUAAGGUAAGGUACAGUGAAGAGUGAAGGAGGCAGGAAAACAGUAGUUGGAGAGAAACUCCUAGGAGGCUGGGACUCGUGCUACUGAAUGAUAAAUUAGCUUCAUGAUUGUACUAUGCAGAGGUGUGUCUUGCUAGCAUUCCUGAAUAAUGAUAUUGAGGUGCUUAGUGCUGCCCUUCAAACUGUAGAAGCUCGCUCUGUUACUUGGUGGAUGUUGCAGUCAGCUGCUCAGUGGGCAGAGAACGAGAAGGAAAUGGGUGAAGAACAGUCGUUGAGAAUCUUCUUUAUUGUAAUUGCCUUCUGUACUGAAGAAAGAAGAUGCCAUGAUGUAUGUGACUGGAAAUUGAGAAGGAAUUAUGUCAAGCAGAUAAGGACUUUGCUUUGAUGUCUUCAGGAACAGUUUCUUAGCCAGAGAGCAUCUCGGUGAAGCAAAAGUAAACCCGUUACGUGUCAUUUGUUCAAAAAAUGUGAUUUAACAGCCCUGUAUAGGAGACCAUCAAGGGAGAAUGAAUUUCUGUUCUCACUUUGAUACUGUAUUGUUGUGUCUUUGUCUCCUGCAUUCUAGUCCUGUUCGUGUUUGCAUUGAGGCAUUCUGGUUUUGUACUACAAAAUACAGGAAAAAUAUGAUGCUGCUGCUUAGGGCAAAAAACGUAAGGGACUACUUGCUAUAAAGAAAGCAAAAUUAUCAGAGGCCAUUAAUAUUUACCCAGUACAAGAAUAGAAUUCAGCACAGAGAGAGAACAGAGAAUCUUAACUACACCAAAGCAUCUUGUUCUUUAAGGAAGUGAACUGUGUCACAGGCAUAUGAGACUGAACUGUCACUGGACACCCAUGCAUGUCUAGCCUGCAGUCAGGUGACAUACCAACUUGUGGAGACAAAAUGUGCUUCCCAGCUUUGAUGAGGGUGGAAUUCCAUCUCAAGUGCAGACGUGGCUGUUAGUGUGAUUUCAGUGUGUUGAGAAUAAUGUAUCAGCUGGAAUACGUGGAAAGGAGACUUCUUGUACCAACUCAGAGAACUGGUAAAAUUAGAAGAUAGACUGAUACAUUCUGUUAUAUCAAAGAAAGAUGCAAUAUAUAUAUAUACCUGCAAACAAUAAUCACAAAAAAGUAUUGCUGACCCCUGCAUGUGUGAUCCGGUACAUUCAUUGUCUUUAAAGCAGAGCUGCCAAUGUUGUGAGUGUGAUCAUAUUAUGACCAUGAGGUUUUGCAGAGCUGUUCUAAUUUAAUUGUAAUCUCUGAAGAAAUUGGGAUGAAGAGUGUAAGAGAAGCAGCACUAGGUCAGGUCAGAGGUCUGCCUCGCUUGGUAUUCUGUUCCUCACAGUGCCAAAUUUGUAUGCAUAGAGGUUACUUAAAAACAAAUGAGUUGUAUGGUGAUAUGUCCCUUUUACAUUCUGUUAGCCCCAGUGUCUGGUCUCAAAAAAUAUAAACUUUUUUCAAGACUGAAGAAAACUUCUGUGAACCUUUUAGCAAUAGUACUUUUCCUGCAACUGAGUUUAAUUAUAAUUUUAGAGGGACAUGUAAUCUGACUUCAGAAACUUUAAGGAUUAGAUCAUUUUCCUUGGUAGUCAUUUUUCUUAUUAAUUGUCCCCUCAGUUAGGAAAUUGCAUCUUCUCUUGGAAUAGUGCUUUUCUCUAAGUAUCAACAGCCUGACACUUUUUCUUGUUAUGCUUUUUUCAGCAAGGUUGAAGAGUCCUAUUCUUCCUUUACAACUAGCUUCUUUGUUGUGUACAACUAUCUGUUGACAGUCAGCAAGUGCUGAUUAAUCCAUUAACCCAUGUAAUUCUCACAGUAUAAAACUUGUCAUUCAGCCUGUUAGUUCCUUUCCUCCAUGAACAUCUCCAGUAUUCCACAUUAAUCUGCCUUGUGUUCUAGUGUAUUCUUUACAGAAGUAGGAAAUCUUGCUUCCCUGUUGCUAUUCAUGCUUCAUAUAUUUGUAUAGCCAAAUAUCAUAGUCCUUGCUGCCCAAACAGUGCCAUAACUGCAAUAAAAUAUUCAGUCAGCUGACCCUGAA